AGUCUACGACAGAGAGAGAGAGACACGCACACAUGGCACACGCAUAUAUAUAUAGAUAGAAAGCAUAGACGAAGCUGCAAUGAAGAAGAAUUGCUAGCUAAGGCAAAAGAAAGCUCGAUAUAUAGGAGGAAGACGAUCAAGAAGAAGAAGAAGAAGAGGGGACUAGGAGGAGUACGAGUAACCCAUAUACAUAUAUAUACACAUAUAUAUACGUUUAUAUAUAUGGAGUGGAGGAAGUACUAUUUGGAUUUGAUAUUGGUGCCAUUAGGGUUUAUGAUAAGCGUGGGAUACCAUGCUUGGCUUUGGCAUAAGGUCAGGACUCAGCCCCUCUCCACCAUCAUCGGUACCAAUGCCACCGCCCGUCGCUUCUGGGUCUCCGCCAUGAUUAAGGAUAAUGAGAAGAAGAACAUACUUGCAGUCCAGACCCUUAGGAACACGAUCAUGGGAUCGACCCUCAUGGCAACGACCUCAAUCUUGCUCUGCUCCGGCCUCGCCGCCGUCAUAAGCAGCACGUACAGCAUUAAGAAGCCCCUGAACGACACUGUCUACGGUGCUCACGGUGAGUUCAUGGUGGCCCUCAAGUACGUCACCCUCCUCACCAUUUUGCUCUUCUCCUUCCUCUGCCACUCCCUCUCCAUCCGCUUCAUCAACCAGGUCAACAUCCUCAUCAACACCCCGAGGGACCCCGAGAUUUCCAGCACCAUCACCCCCGACUACAUUUCCGAGCUCUUGGAGAGGGGGUUCCUACUCAACACAGUGGGGAACCGUCUCUUCUACGCAGCACUUCCCAUCCUCCUUUGGAUCUUUGGGCCGGUGCUCGUGUUCCUCUGCUCAAUUACGCUGGUCCCGAUCCUUUACAACUUAGACUUCGUGUCCGGGAGUCAGGGUGACCUCAAGAGUGGCCGAAAGAGUGUGGAUGUUCAUGACAAUAAUAUUUGCAGAGGCUGCGUGUGAAUUUUAUAUACAUAACUUUGGUAUAAUAAUAACCGGUUUAAUUGGACAACCCCUCUUUUACCUUUUGGUCAUUCUUUGCCUAUCGUUUCUUUCGGUAGAUUUUUCUUUGUCCAUCGUUUAAAAAAGACAAAAACUUGGGCAAAAUCUUAGGUAGAACAAAGGAGUGAUCAUUCCAAUGUCCAUUUUAACUUGAGAUUGGUUUAUUAUCAUAGUUGCUCUGUGAUAUUUCACGA